UAAAAUAUCAGCUGUGGACAAGGCUGAGUACCUUUGUUGCACCAAGUUGACGAUGUCGUUCUUCAAUUUGACGCGUUUGGGUGUCCAAGAUCCAAUAAAGACUGCUGUUACUAGACCAGGAACAGUACCAGCACCUGGUGGGCAGCCAGGAACCGCGGCUUCUACCAGUGGGGUGCAAAGAACCACGCUUAGCGAGCCGGUUUACCCGAACUCGGAAGCAAACGGGUCCUACGUGAAGUACACUAAACGCCUAAACAAACACAUCCGACCAAGACUCGGACCAAAUGAAAUUUACCACACUCAAAUAACCACAAAUAUAAACUACAGUUACUGGAUGAAGGAUGGGGUACAACAUGAAACAUGGACACAAAAUGAACAUCACCCCAGAGUGAAUAGUGAAAUGACAAGGUUUGUUGAUGAGAUGACACUUACAAAUAGGGAGUUUACAUUAUUUUAGGUACAUACAGUGUAUCAGCAAGACACUAAAUUCACUUUUGUAAAUUUUUACUUUUUGCUAAGAAGCUAAAUUUUUUGUAAGUUAAUAUCCUAACCAUUAUUUUUUGUAAUGUUUAUUGUAAAGUUAUUCGAGAAGAUCGCUGAGCAAGUAUCAGUUAAGAACUUCACUCUCAAUUUACAGUAUUUGCCUCUGUCUCACAUACAUAUUUUGUAAAAAAUGUCACAAAAGUGUUAACGUCAUUUACUGUCUCAAGGUGUAAGACUGCAAUAUAAGGCCAAGAUUUGCUUCAGGCAUGUAAUCAUGUUGAAAUGAAAGAUUAUUUUUGAUGGAUUGAACCCUGCUUGUGUUUCUGCUAUAAGCAGUAGUCCCACUUCCCAUUCAGUUGGGUAUAGGAACAUAUCUCUCAUUUUGACUGCUUUCAAAUUUUUAGUGCACACAGGAACAGUGAUUACACAUGUACUUAUUAAGUUCAAACAAUGAGUAAAUUGCUAAGUAAAUAGUAAUAAAUCACAACCUUAACAUAAAUUUUUGUCUUUUUUUUAAGAAAGUAAUGUUAUUAAAUAACCUUUUUUUGUAAUUCCCCAAAAUGUAAAUAAAUCAGAAUUUAAUACAUUUACUAAAACUUUCACUUGGGCUUUAAACAUAUAUCACAUGAUGAAGUUGCAAUAACUUAUUUUCAUUCCACCUUGAAAAGUUCAGAAAGGAGUAAACUCUCAACCUGUUAGAAAUAAAUAGCUGUUAAAUUCCCCUAGGCCUCACAGUCAGGCCAUAAUUUUAAUAACAAUGAUUAAGAUAAUGAUGAUGAUGAUGGUAGCAAUAAUAAUAAUAAUAAUAACAAGAACAAUAAAAAUGGUAAUAAGUGCUCACUUUUAUUGCCUGUGAGCACCAUAUUAAGUAUGCAUGAGUGAACUUAUGUAUUCUUUGGUUUUUGUAUAAAUGAAAUAACAUUUUCAGUUUGCAAAACUAAAAUGUUUUUUCAGUUGUAAGAACUGUUAUCACUCUACUCAUUUUCCAACUUAAAUUAUGAUUAUUAUUUUGAAACCAUCUAUAUCUUUCUUUUAAGGCAUUUAUCUUUGCCAAAAUCUGUUCUGUAUGAAUGAAGAAUAUCUUAUUUGUGGGUAAACCCUCGAAAAAAAUUCCCCUGAACAUACCUUUUUUUUUUUUUUGAAUCAAACCUUACUUGAGUUUGGAUUAUGAAAUCAGUGGUUUAUAAAAGUCUGGAAAAGAUUUUAAAAGAUUUAUUAAGUAGUUCAUUUUUCAGUGAGUGGUACACCAUCCCAUUCCAAAAUUUAUCCAAUGUGAAUGAUUAGUAAUUUAAUGUAUAAUUUUAUCUUGCGAAGAAAAUCACAGAAAAGGUUUAAAUACACACAUAAAAAACAA